AAAAAAAAACAUAAUAACUUUUCACGUGAACUUCCCCUUUAAAAGGAGGCUCCUUAGGUUACCAAACAAGAAAAAAGAAGAAAGUGGUCGGGUUGUGUAUUUUUAUAUGAUAUAUAAUAAAGAAAAACGGGUUUAAAAUGGUUACCUCUUCAUCGUUACCGGAGGGUUUCACUGAUAUGGAUGUGUUCGGACUGGGGACUGCUCUUCUUGUGGAGGGUCUCCUUGGCUUCUUACUCAAUGGGCUGGCGAUACUUUCUUUUUUUAAAGUAAAGGAAAUGAGAACUCCCAGUAAUUUUCUCGUUCUCAGUCUGGCUGCUGCCGACAUUGGGGUUUCCAUGAACGCUUUUGUUGCAGCGUUCUCCAGCUUUUUGAGGUACUGGCCAUAUGGUUCAGAAGGUUGCCAGACUCAUGGUUUUCAAGGGUUUGUGACAGCUCUAGCCAGCAUCAGCUCCUGUGCAGCCAUUGCCUGGGACAGAUACCACCAGUACUGCACCAGAACAAAAUUGCAGUGGAGUACUGCCAUAACUGUUGCAGUUGUGGUGUGGGGAUUUUCUGCAUUCUGGUCUGCCAUGCCUCUGCUGGGAUGGGGAGAAUAUGACUAUGAACCUCUGAGGACCUGUUGCACACUGGACUACACCAAGGGAGACAGAAAUUUCAUCUCCUUCUUGCUUCCAAUGGCAUUUUUCAACUUUGUGAUUCCAGUUUUCAUCAUGUACACUUCCCAUCAAUCAGUGGCGCAGAAGUUCAAGAAAACUGGACAGAAAAAAUUUAAUACUGGACUUCCUCUGAAGUCACUUGUUAUUUGCUGGGGCCCCUAUUCUCUUCUAUGUCUGUAUGCCGCUGUUGAAGAUGCCACGCUUAUAUCUCCUAAAUUGAGAAUGAUCCCUGCUAUCCUGGCCAAGACUUCACCAGCAAUAAAUGCUUUAAUAUAUUCAUUCGGAAACGAGAACUACAGAGGUGGAAUCUGGCAAUUCCUGACUGGACAGAAGAUGGAACCAGUUCAGACUGAGAACAAGACAAAAUAAACAAGUUGAUUUGUUGAACUUAAACCCGUUCAUAAUGGAUCCAGUUGACGUGUUGAACUUAAACCUUUGUGUGUGUGUCUAAUAUAUAUAUAUAUAUAUAUAUAAUUGUGAGAAAGCUGCUCUCACUACCAUUUAUUUGCCCUUUAAAAAUGAGACCCAGCACACAGAAAUAGAGGUUUAAGCAUUGACAGGUACUAUAUUUAUUGUCUGUACCUAUUCAUUACAUUAGUCAGCACUCACAUAUCCAACCCUAUAACAUUUUGACUUCAGUGAUGGUUAAAAGAGUGUGACACAUAUCUGAUUAUUAUUUUGGCCGGUUCCAACCCUAGUUUGUUUUUCAAGGAACACAAUAUCAAACAUACAUAUCUGAAAAGACUGUGUUUUAAAAUAAAUAGGCUUCCCUUUAGAUGUACUGUGUUGGUUUUUGUGGUACAGUACUAUAUUUUCAACAGAAGCAUUUUAAUUCAGAAUGAUAUGAGUCUGAAAAUAUCACACGUGGAUUGUAAUACAGUACAUACUUUUAAAACCAGUACAUAUUGUAGCAGUAUGUAAAAUUUUCAGUUUACAACCCAACAGCAAAAUUAAACCAAAAUGUUACCCAUGCACAGAGCUGCAUACAAUAUAAAAGUUAAUGCAGUUUCCCAAUUUAAAACAGUAUCCAAAGUCAGUAUUCAAAAUUGCACAAUAUAUUGCUCAAUAAGGCCCUAAUGUCAGAGUUCACUUGCAAAUGAAAAUGCACAAGACUGGGGUGUGGUUUGAUAGCGGGUAGAUUUAUUGUCUGUACCUAUUAAUAUCAACUGCUUCAGACUGAUUUGGCAUGCAGAGGAGGUAA